CUCUCUGAGAAGCCAUCCUGAGUCCAGAGAACAGUCGUGGUCUGCCGUUUCGCUCCUGUAUGAGUUAAACACGUUACGCCAACAAGAAAGGGACACGCUAAGAGUCCUGGGCGAGAGGCUGGACAGGGAGAGCCUGAGGCUGUUGUGUCUAUACAUCAGUUUGGCAACUCUCAGAGCUCAGAGAGAAAAAAUGUCCUAUAGCGCUCUUCUGGCAGCUCAGCAGUCCUGGGAGACAUGGCCACAUGUUAAGAGUCCCUGCAGAGCAGAGCAGGCGGCACUGUGGCUUCAUGGUGAAGAGGAAGAGCCGAAGAGAGACUUUAUCUCCGUAUCACCACUGCAGCAGGCAGUGCUGCAGAUGCUGGUGCUGACUCAGGAGCAGGAGAGGAAGCACCUGGUAAAGUUGGCACACGGAGUCUCCAUAGAGGAUUUGCAAGAGCCAGGUUGCACAGUGCCUCCAAUGGAGGAUGAUCAUCAGCAAGCUGCUUUAAGAAAUGGCUGCAUAAAAAGGCUGAGACAAAUCCAUGCGGGCCUGCAGACGCAGAAUGACACUCAGACCCCCUUAAAUCAACCAAACUUUCAUCCCCAGCCCCACAUAAGCAGUAAACCGGCAAUGAGGUACCAACACCAGCUGGAGGAUUGUUCCCUGCUCCUCUUGACCCAUCUGAUGGAGCUCCAGGAGGUCCGAGCUUCUGCUUUACUGCCAGCACUGAUGGACAAGAGUGCACAGUGUGUCCAAGCUCUGCGAGAUGACUACGCAUCUGAACUUCAAGCACAGCGCUACACCAACCUACUCCAACUGAUCUCAGAUGCCCCUCUUACGUCAGGCUCUAUACUCGCUCCUUAUCCAAACUUAACCGAAAAUAGCAGCAAUGAGCAAAUCACAGCUCAGUCCUGCUGCAGUGGACCGGUCAAUGCUCAAAACAGCAGUGGUGGGCCGGCUGAAGCUCUGACGGUGGAUUCAAUCAGAAGGGGGGGCAGAGAGCUAAAUGUGGUGCAAGCUGCAGAAUGGACUGACCAACAGGAUGUCUGUACAGGUUGUGGAGCAGUCAUGGAGGACCUGCCCUACUUGGAGAUCUUGUGUGUAUCCGAUGCAACAAGUAAUACUCAUCAGAGUCUCGCCGCAGACAGAGGAGCCCAGGAAGAAGAAGAAGAAGUGGGCAGUGCAACAAAGAGCCCCCAGAGUUAUGAGAAACAGGGCUCGCUGAUCGCACUUGCUUGGAGCAAACCACCAGAGGACGACACCGACUAUGAGGCAGGGGCUGCAGGACGGAGCCAGGACUUACAGCCAAGUGACACAGCUGAACACACACAGUGUGAAGAGGAGACUUCUGGGGAGAGUGACAGAGAAGAGAUGAAACCCACUCUGUUCCCCUCUGAUUCCACAGGCCAUCCUGACGCACAGUCUGCAGAACAGCCGUGCAGCACAGUAGGACAGUUGACGUUAGAGGAGAGAGCUGAUCAACCAGAGAAGGGAGGAUCUGAAUCGGACCUGCAAACACAUGCUUUGGUUGCAGAGACCCUGCAGGCUGCACAACCACAUCUCUUGGUUGACCCUCCUGACAUUAAGCAGCAGGCAGGUGACCUCUGCUCUGAACUGAUAAAUGAGACCGUUAAUGUGGACCGAGAAGUGCUCGAGGUGGAAACGUGUCCCAUUGCAACAGAGUCGGAGCUGUGGGACCUGAGAGGGCCUGUACCCGCUCAUGCCGAGGACCAGAAAUAUAAUUCACAAGCCACAGAUGACUGUGGCCCUGCAGAGAGGGAGGCAAUGAGGGAAUCCACUCUGAUGGGGAGAGAGCGAGCGAGAGAACCAGUCUCAGCAAUGGAGAGAGAAAGGACAAUGCGCAACCUGGUGGACAUGCAAAGAAAGGUGGAACAGAGGCAGCAGAGAGAUAGAGAGAGACAACUGCUGAGGGUUCAGGAGCGUCUGUCGAUCAUCCAGAACAGAAAGGCAGAGGAAGACCUGCUUGGCCUGAGACACACAGACAGGCUGAGGCACCUCACACAAGAUCUACCACAGGAAGACAAGAACCAGCAGAAGACAGUUGUCAGAGAGCGACUGGAUCAGCUGAGAAGAGAGCGCUCCUAUGUCAUGCAGUCCAAACGAGACAGGAAUACUGCAGGGUUUAAGGAACUCCUGGGUCCAGUAGCUCUCCACAGCAAAGAAACCGAUGAUGGAGCAGACUGAGAAACUACAGCUGCUUAAACUCAUGUCUAGUUAAAAAAAAAGGUAUUUUUAGUUCAUAAUUGUCAUCAACACUGUCCAACAAAUGUAUUUUCUGAUUUUAAAUCUAUUAACAUUGUUUAUCUGAUAAUAUUCUGAUGUGCUUCCAGUUUAUGGUCAUAUAAGCACACAUUGUAAAAAGCAUUGUGCAUAUGAAAUAAGACAGAUCUCAAAUUUGAAGUGACUGUUUAUUAUACAGUUAAUUAUCAUCUUGACAAACAUAAGCAUCAACAGUAAUGUCAUUUAUCAAUGACCCCCUUUACUUGUGUACACAUUAUCCCCCUGUGGCCUAAAUUACAUACACAAUGAGUCGCAGAGGUGCAUGUUAACAGUCUACAGAGGUGUUUCCAUCAACUCUCCUUCAUGAGAACAUAACAUUUAUAUUGGCACGGUCGGCCAUUACUCACUUGUGUAAGAAAUAAUGUGGCUAGACGAAGGACACUGCUGUAGACUUUGAAUGCACCUGUGGACUGGGGCUGUAUUUAUUUACAGGUCAAUGGGGAUGGGAAUAUUGUAACAUGUCAAAGGAUGUAAGUUUGGCUAACAACUCUACGAUGCAGAGAUAUGUAUAAUACAGAGGUUUGGUGCGGGCCCAAUGGUUUUCCUGCAAGAGAGGAGGAUCUCUCGGUCCUGGUGUGUGAGAGGGGAAAUGUCUACAUGGGAGAGAUUUCUCAGCAAAUAAACAUUCAGUUUUUUCCUCUGAAAUUGACCCUAUAUAGUGUCCACUCACACUGCAGUCCAACACAAAGCAGGAAUACCGA